UCACAUCCGACAGACGUAACGUCACAUCCUGUAGACGUGACGUCACCGCUCUGCGUCGCGGAAGGAGCGCGCGGGACGGCGCCGCCAUGAGCAGCGAUCUGGACGUGUUCGUGGGGAACACGACGCUGAUCGAUGAGGAGGUGUACCGGCUCUGGCUGGACGGACACUCGGUGGCGGAGGCGGUGGCGCGGCGGCUCCGGGGCGGUGUCCUGGAGCGGGAGGGCACCUCGGUGGCGGUUCUGCAGAGCGACACCCGCGACCAUUACAGAACGUUCCAGAUGCUGGAGCGGCUCCUGCACGCGCCGCCCCGCCUGCUGCAGCAGCUGCUGUUCCAGAUCCCGCCCGAGCGGCAGGCCCUGCUCAUACAGAGGUACUACGCCUUCGACGAGGCCCUGGCCCGGGAGCUGCUGGGCAAGAAACUCUCCAAGGGCACCAAGAAGGAGCUGGACGAGGUCAGCGCCCGCACCGGGGUCGGGAUCCGCAGCUGCCGCCGCCAGUUUGACAACUUCAAGAGGGUUUUUAAGGCAGUGGAGGAGCUGCGGGGGCCCCUGGCCGAGAACAUCCAACAGCUCUUCCUGCUGCCCCCGGCCCUGGCCCGGGACUACGCCGCCAUCGUGUUCUUCGCCAACAGCCGCUUCGAGACGGGCAAACGGCGGCUGCAGUUCCUGAGCUUCGCCGACUUCGCCGCCUGCGCCCAGAGCCUGAUGGGCCACUGGAGCCAGGGGGCCCUGGCGCCCGAGGCGGCCGAGCCCGACGGGGACCUGCCCAAGUCCUUCCUGCAGGACCUGAAGGAGCUGAAGGUGCUCGUGGCCGACAAGGACCUGCUGGACCAGCACAAGAGCCUGGUGUGCUCGGCCCUGCGGGGGAAGAUCUCGGUCCACAACGAGCUGGAGGCCAACUUCAAGGCGCUGUCCCGGGCCCUGGUGAACGUCGGGGGGAAGUUGACCCACGCCCGCGACGUUCGGGAUUUCUUCGUGGACCUGGUGGAGAAGGUGAUCGAGCCCUGCCGCUCCGACAAGUGGAGCCCGGGGGACCUGCGGCUCUUCCUGACGCACUACACGGCGGCACCCCGAAACCUGCCGGGCUUCAGGCACCAGGCGCUGUGGGAGCGCUACAUGGCCGCCAUCAGCGCCUGCCUGCUGCGCAUGUACCACGACUGAGCCGAGAACGGCGCCCCAAAAACGGGCACGGCACCCCAAAAACGGCAUGGACCCGGGAAUGGACACAGCCCCACAAACAGCGCCCCAAAAAUGGACACAGCCCCACAAACAGCACCCCAAAAAUGGGCACAGCCCCGGGAAUGGACACAGCCCCACAAACAGCACCCCAAAAACGGGCACAGCGCCCCAAAAACGGCAUGGACCUGGGAACGGACACAGCCCCACAAACAGCGCCCCAAAAACGGCAUGGACCUGGGAAUGGACACAGCCCCACAAACAGCACCCCAAAAACCGGGACCCCAAAAACGGACACAGCCCCACAAACAGCGCCCCAAAAACAGGCACGGGCUGGGAACGGCGCCCCAAAAAUGGACACAGCCCAAAAAUGGACACAGCCCCACAAACAGCGCCCCAAAAACGGGCACGGCCCCGGAAUGGACACAUCCCCACAAACAGCACCCCAAAAAUGGGCACGGCCCCGGAACAGUGCCCCAAAAACGGCCCGGAAUGGACAAAACCCCACAAAAAGUGCCCCAAAAACCGGGACCCCAAAAAUGGACAUGGCCCCGAAAACAGCACCCCAAAAAUGGACACAGCCCAAAAAUGAGCACGGCCCCAAAAACGGCCCCCCAAAAACGGACCCAGCCCCCAAAACGGGGCGCCCCUGGGGAAGGAAAGGAUCCGGGAGCUGCAGCCCAGAACUCGGACACCCCAAAGAUUGGGGUACCAAAUGUGGGACCCCAAAAAGGAGCGGGGCUCCCAAAAACCCGACAGGACGGAGGAUCAGCGCCCCGAAAUUUGGGGUUUGGAGAACCACGAGCACCGGGACACCCCAAAUGCGGAGGAUCCAGGAGAGGCAACGCCCCAAAUAUUGGGACAUUUGGAAUGGGGCGGACCCCAAAAAAGGGGUGACCCCAAAACCAGGACACCCCCCAAAACCAGAACCUCCCAACUUAACCACACGGAGACUCCCCAAAAUCGGGGGUCUCUGGCAAUCGGGACUCCCCAAAAUGGGGGCGAACCCCAACCCUGGGGGCCCCAAAAGUCGGGGGUGCAAUAAAGAGCUGAAAGCGGA